ACAAAACAGUAGCCAAAGAGAAACGUCAAACUAGGAGCCAAAUAGUUGAAAAGUGUAUACGCGUUCAUUUUUCAGUGAAUUUUCAUUUAUAAAUCGAUUUUCAUUAUCCAAACGACAUCGAUCGGAACCGAAACAGUAGCAGACCACGACCGGUCCAUCAGUGCCAGUGUUUCUAGAUUGAAACGUGCAUCAGCAAGAUGGCCAACGCGGACACCAUCCAAGUGAGCUCGCUUCCCCUUCCACCGGCCCAGUACAUCAAUCUAUACACCGACGAAAAUAUCCGGAAAAAUCGGGCCCCUAAGCCUCCGCUGCCGAUUCAAGAUGCCUACACGAUGUUCGGUAAUCCGUUCAGUAAUGAUGACAAUAUUAUCCGACCGCUGGAGGCGCAAGGUUUCAAACGGCUGUACCCGCAGCAUUUCGAUAGACGGAAGGAACUUAAAAAGUUGAAUCAUUCACUAUUGGUCAAUUUUCUGGAUCUGAUUGAUUUGUUGGUACACUAUCCGGAUAGUCCACGAAGAGCUGAAAAGAUUGAGGAUCUUAGUCUGCUGUUCGUGCACAUUCAUCAUUUGUUAAAUGAAUUCCGCCCGCAUCAGGCACGGGAAACACUACGGGUUAUGAUGGAGCUGCAAAAGCGUCAGCGGAUAGAAACCACACAGCGCUUUCAGAACCAUCUGGAAAAGGUACGGGAAAUGGUAAAAAAUGCUUUCGCAUCGUUGCCGGAUCUCACCGAAUCGGACCGGUUAGCUGGAACGGCUGAACCAAUGGACACCGGUGACGAUGAUGACACAGCGAAAGGCCGUGGGGAAGGGUGCCACCCACUGGAUCGUCUUAUGUGCGAACUGGUAGAUAAUAUGUAAUAAGAGCAUUAUUGUCCUUAUGUUCGGUAAAAUUAAGUAUAGUAAUAUACGUUUAUUGAUGCCCUUAGAGAAACACAGAAACAUCUGGGUCUAGGUUUGUUUACUCACCAGGAUUUUGUGCGGUUCCUAUCGAUCGUAACAUUUCCCAAUUUGUUUGUAACUUGAACUUUAGGCCCUGGAUUAAAGUUUUUGGUUAGGUUUAAACAAAUAUAAAUUAUUAAAAGCAUCAUUUUCAAAGUUUUUUUUU